GACUGGGUGGUCAGAUUGCAGAAUGACAGUCACAUUGCAGUUAUAAAUAUCAUUAAUGAUACCACAGUGAGUUUUAAGUAUAUUCAGCUCUUGAUACUUGAGCAAUACACCCACCGAUCACUAGCCAGUAGUCACUGCACACCUCUCACUUGGAAAAGAAACAGAUCCAGUACCUGAAGUCUAACAAUGGAGGUUGAUGAUAACAAGAACCUUUAUGAGGUUGACCAGUAUGAUGGAAAGGAUGACUUCCCUCAACGACCAAUAGCUAAUCUACAGAUACACGAUACUGUCCCAGUUGGAAGGAAAGGCCUAUUCUUUAUCAUUGGUAUACAAGUCUUUGUAAUCCUUAUCCUUAUAAUACUACUGGGUAUCAAUGGUGUUACACUAACACACUUGAAUACAGUAGAUAUGUGUGAUAGUACUGGAGCUAGCACUGGAGCUACUACUGGAACUGGUGUAGGAACCAGUAAUGAUGAUCAAAAGGAGCAGCUUAACAACAUGACUGCCAUUCUUCUGGGACUACAAGACUCAGUCUCCAGCCAGUUGCUACCUUUAGCAAGAGAUCAGUCAAACAUGUCCAGUAAUAUCUACAGGAUGACACAAAGCAGUGAUGCUAAACUGGACAUGAUACAGGGAGAUGCUGACAAUCGUAUGAUGUACCUACUGAACCUCACUGACUCUGUGUAUCAGAUACUGCAGACCACUAGUGAUACAGCUUAUAAACUAACAGACAUUGUUAGUUCCAUCUCUACUCUACAAGGAACCAGUAUCUCUACCUCAAGCAUAACUGAUGAUAUAUUAGUACUGGUACAGGAACUACUGGGACUACAGAAUGCAUCUUCGAUAUUUAACUCUAUCCAACCAGUCUCUUGUAAAGAUAUCAAGGCAGUCCUACCUAACAGUCCUUCUGGUUACUAUCAUGUCAACAGUCGUACCAUUUACUGUAAUAUGGACACACUCUGCAAUGCUACUGAAGGAUGGACAAGGAUCGGCUACCUUGACAUGACUGAUGCUACACAGAACUGUCCUUCAGCUUUCACAUUGUAUCAACAAUCUGGCUACAGAGUUUGCAGACGACCAAGCAACAGUGCCAGCUGUUUUUCCACAUCAUUCUCCAGUAACGGUAUUAGCUACAAUCAGAUAUGUGGUAAAGUCACUGCCUAUCAGUACAGAGCACCUGAUGCAAUUCACAACACUGGAGCUAAUCACAAUGAUAUCAAUGGCCCUUAUGUUGAUGGUGUUAGUAUCACUCGUGGGUCUCCUCGUCAACAUGUCUGGACACUAAUGGCUGGACUGUUUGAAAACACUGGCUCACAGAUAAACUGGGCAAAUUGGGCUAACUGCCCAUGUGCUAUCAACAGUCCUCAAUCUGUUCAGCCAUUUGUUGGUAGUAAUUAUUACUGUGAGUCUGGUAAUCCAACAUAUUCUUAUGAGCAAACUCUGCUAUAUUCUGAUACACUGUGGGAUGGACAGGGUUGUGGUACCAAUGAAGCUGCUUGUUGUAAUGCUAAUCCUAACAUGCCUUGGUUCCAUAGAGACUAUGGCACUAACUUUACUACUGAUUUCAUUGAGUUGAGGAUCUGUGGGGACGAGGGCUGGCUUGAUGAGGAUGUCAUGGUAUCUCAGUAUGAGAUAUACGUUAAAUAGAGGUCUCAUUAUGAGCUGCUGAAACACUACAACAUAUUGCUAAUAAUACAUGUACACAUUAUAUAAUACUUAGAAGUAUCUUAGCUAUUUCAGUCCCCAUGCAUUUUUGCAGACUAUAAAUAACCUUUUUCAUAAAUCUCAUUUUCUGAUGCGUAUUGGAAAUGCUAUUAAAGUUUGAGCUGAUUCUAAGUACAGCACUUCAUAAAAUGAGAUUUUGUUGUAAUGUAAUGAAUAUUGUCCCUUUGCUGAUUCAUAAAACAUUGUACUGUGUUAUAUCGCUGAUACUAUCUUUUAUUAUUGCAAUAAUAAAUAUACUUGUGUAAUUUGAUCACAAGUUCCCAGUUACCAUAGAAA